AACCCACCGGGAGUUUGGAAGGAGGGCUGCUGCUGCUGUUCACAGUAAUCACACUCAGACCUAAUUCAUUGCAUGCGUGCAACAGAGGCACACACACACAGGACAAGAGCAUCUUUCUAACGUCGGCUGCUGCCGCGGCUGCUUCUGUGCUCGGGACAAACAGGAAUAUCGACCCAUUCUUUUGCCCUCACUCUCUGCCUCUCUCUCUCACACACACACAUUUACACACGCGUGCGCUCACGUGCACACACACACACACACGGGUGCACACACGUGGACACACGCACGCACGCGCGCGAGCGCAUAAUCUUGGUACAUGUUGAAGAUCCCCAGCUCAUCAGUCCUGCAAACUCUAUAAGCAACCGGUUUGUCCCGAUACACAAGUCAUCAAAGUUGCGUCAAGUUGUUGAAUGAACAUUUCUCGAAUCGUUUGAAAGCGAGUUGUCCCCGGCUCUGCUCGAGCUGCCCUCCCAGCUGGGGCUACACAUUCACGGGAAGAGGCGACGCACGUGGCGGCAAGUCCCGGGGUGGAUUACAACUUCGACUCGACCGGCAGGAAUCAAGAUGCGGCGGCAACCCGAGAUCCUACUCCUCUUCCUGCAAGUCUUGGUGUCUCGCGCAGCCUUGGCGCACGGGACGGGACUCCAGGUUGGAAUGCCCAACGUGUGCUCCGAGCAGCAGCUGAUGGUGGUGACCCACAGGCAGCCGUGCGUGCAGGCCUUCACGCACAUGGUCAAGGUGUGGAAGCAGGGCUGCGGCGGCCAGCGCUGGUGCGUCGGCUACGAGAGAAGGACUGCGUACUUCACAGCCAACCGGCAGGUGUACACCAUGGAGUACCAGUCGGUGCCCAAGUGCUGCCCAGGCUGGUCCCAGCUCAGCGGACACGCCGGGUGCCUCAACCCCACGUGCAGUGUAGGAGUCUGUUUCAAUGGAGGGACAUGCUCAACAGACUCCUCCCAACUAUGUGACUGCCCGCAGGGAUUCCAUGGUCCGCGCUGUCAGUACGAUUUGAACGAAUGUGAGCUCGGCAACGGCGGAUGUCAAGAGUCCUGCUGCAACACCAUCGGGAGCUUCAUCUGCAAGUGCGGACUUGGUCACAAACUCUCCGCCAACCUGAGGUCCUGUGAAGAUGUGGACGAGUGCCUGGAGCACAACGGCGGGUGCCAGCACGUGUGCGUCAACACGCCGGGGAGCUACCACUGCGAGUGCCACCCGGGCACCAAGGUGCACAGCGAUGGCCGCACCUGCGUUUCGGUGCACUCCUGUGCGGUGAACAAGGGCGGCUGCGAGCACGACUGCGUGCAGCUGGGAGGGGGGCAGCACCAGUGCAGGUGCCGCCACAACUUCCGCCUCAAGGAAGAUGGGAAGCACUGCGAACUGAGGAAUCCCUGUGGGGACCGGAACGGAGGCUGCAUGCAGAAGUGCGUCAGCGACGGUGGCGUGGCCAAGUGUCUGUGUCACCCUGGAUACCGGUUGGGUGUUGAUGAAAAGAGUUGUGAUGACAUUGACGAGUGCGAUCUGGAGAGCAGCAUGUGCGCGCAUAGCUGCCGCAACACGAGGGGCUCCUUCGUCUGCCAGUGCAACCCCGGCUACGAGUUGGGCUCCGAUGGGAAGCAAUGCUACCGCAUCGAGAUGGAGAUCGUGAACAGCUGCGAGAAAGACAACGGCGGCUGCUCGCACACGUGCCAGCACGCGACGCAGGGGCCACGCUGCCUCUGUGACAGCGGCUUUCACCUGGACGUGGACGGCAAGACGUGCAAAGACACCGACGAGUGCUCCGAGGGCGGUUCCUGCUGCGCGCAGUUCUGCAGCAACAACGCCGGAGGCUACGAGUGCGGCUGCCGCGCCGGCUACCGCGUCAGCCUCGACGGAUGCAACUGUGACGAUGUGGACGAGUGCCUUGCGGAAAACGGGGGCUGUGAACAGCUGUGCCGCAACAAUGAGGGCUCUUACGAGUGCUCGUGCCGCAGGGGCUUCCGCCUGGAUGAGGAGCGGAGGGGAUGCAUCCCUCUGGAGGGGGCCACGGAAGAGCAGGGCACGGAGGAGCUGCGUGGGCAGACGUGGCUGGGCAGCACCGUGCGCCUGCGUCCUGUCGAGCAGACCUACCAGUGGGUGCCGCGCGAGGAGGCCGAGUGGGGGGCCUUCGGGGACGCAGAGGCCAGCGAGUACCGCGAGGGGGGCAGCGACGAGGAGGAGGAGGAGGGUGACGAUUUCCUCGAUUAUGGACCCCAGGAGCAUCGACGCCAGGAGCACACGCUCGUCCAGAAAUUCAUUUGCCUGGGCGAGACGUUCGGUCACGACUGCAGCCUCUCGUGCUCCGACUGCCGCAACGGCGGCGGCUGCAACGAGGGGCAGGACGGAUGCGACUGCCUCGCCGGAUGGACGGGCCUCGUGUGCAACGAAACUUGUCCCGAGGGCAAGUUUGGCAGCAACUGUCAGAGUGAGUGCAGGUGUCAGAAUGGAGGCUCGUGUGACCCCGUCAGCGGGAAGUGUCGCUGCCCUCCCGGAGUGUCUGGCGAGCUUUGUGAAGACGGAUGUCCCAAGGGCUUCUUUGGAAAGGCGUGCAACAAGAAGUGCAACUGCGCCAACAACGGACGCUGCCACCGCAUCUACGGAGCCUGCCUGUGCGACCCGGGCCUGUACGGCCGCUUCUGCCACUUGCCGUGUCCUAAGUGGGCGUACGGCCCGAGCUGCUCAUCCGAGUGCCAGUGUGCCAAGGCCAGCACGCAGGAGUGCAACCCCAAGGACGGCACCUGCCGCUGCCACGCUGGCUACCAGGGCAGCCAGUGCCAGGAAGUGUGUGCCGACGGCUUCUACGGCUCCGGCUGUCGACUCCGGUGCACGUGCGCCGACGGCGUGGCCUGCGAUCACGUCAGCGGGGAGUGCAAACUGCAGUGCCAGCCCGGAUUUCAUGGCACCGAUUGCCAAAUGAAGUGCCCUGCUGGGAGAUUUGGAGGCGGGUGCCAGGCGUCGUGUGCGUGUGGCGGGGCGCCCUGCGAUCACGCCACUGGCCGAUGCUUCUGUCCACCUGGCAAGACUGGCGGCUCCUGUGAGAAAGAGUGUCCGGAGGGACGCUGGGGUUUGGGCUGCCAGGGCAACUGCAGCUCGUGCGAGAGUGGAGGAGGGGCGUGCAAUAGGUCGACGGGAGAGUGCGACUGCAAGGCCGGAUUCAUGGGCAAAGCCUGCCAGAGCAGCUGCCCUGCCGGGCGCUUUGGCCAGGGCUGCGCGCUGCGGUGCGCGUGCGAGAAUGACGCUCAGUGCGACCCCGCCACCGGGCAGUGCUCCUGCGGCCCGGGUUGGUUCGGACACAACUGCAAGAAACCAUGCCACGCUGGGCGCUGGGGACGAAACUGCGAGCGGCUGUGCGAGUGCAACAGCGUGGUGGGAAGCUGCGAGCCGGUGACGGGGAAGUGCAUGUGCGAGGCUGGGUUCACUGGGCCUCGCUGUGAACAGAAGUGCACCGCCGGAACGUUCGGGCCAAGCUGCAGGAGUCGGUGCCAGUGCGAGCACGGCGCGGCGUGUGACCACGUGAGCGGCGCGUGCACCUGUGACGCUGGCUGGACCGGGACAUACUGCGAGCGCCCCUGUCCCGACGGCUUCUUUGGGAUGGAGUGCAAGGAACCAUGCGGCUGCCGAAACGGCGCUCGCUGUAACCACAUCACGGGCCAGUGCAGCUGUGCUCCAGGCUGGGUGGGCCCCAAGUGCAGUCAGCCUUGCCAAGGGCAGACGCACGGCGAGGACUGCAGCCAGACGUGCGACUGUCACAACGGCGCGACGUGCGAGCACGUGACGGGCCUGUGCCUCUGCACCCCUGGGUGGAUGGGGGCGUCGUGCCAGCGCAAGUGCGAUGCCGGAUUCUACGGAGCCGGCUGUGCACAGCAUUGCAUCUGCCGGAACGGCGCCACCUGCAGCCACGUGACGGGAGACUGCUCCUGUCCCGACGGGUGGACAGGCGUCGCCUGUGAAACAGAGUGCACAGGUGGAAAGUUUGGUGCUGGCUGUCAGCAAUCCUGCAGCUGUCAGAAUGGAGGCACGUGCGAGGCAAAGACAGGGAGGUGCACGUGCAAGGCAGGCUGGACUGGUGACAAGUGCAAGUCGACGUGCCCGCCCGGGUUGUUUGGCGGGCGGUGCGCGGAGAGGUGCGAGUGCACGCACGGCGACUCGUGCCACCACGCGACGGGCGCCUGCCACUGUCACGCCGGGUGGCGCGGCCGCCACUGCGACAAGCCCUGCCUGCCGGGCCAUUACGGCGAGGGCUGCGCCCGGAGGUGCUCGUGCGCGUCCGGCGUGCCCUGCGAUCACGUGACGGGGAAUUGUGGCUGCCCCCCGGGAUUCACCGGCAAUGGAUGUGACCAGACUUGCCCAGCUGGAACGUUCGGUCAGAACUGCAACUCCGUGUGCCAGUGCUCGGCAGACAACCAGCAAUGCCACCCCAUCACGGGGAAGUGCAACUGCCUCGCUGGCUUCCACGGACCGCAAUGUGACAGCAAGUGCCCCGAGGGCAGCUACGGCUCCGACUGCGAGCGGCAGUGCAAGUGCCACAACGGGGGACGCUGCGACACGGCCACGGGGACGUGCCAGUGCCCCGCCGGAUUCCUCGGAGCCGACUGCGGCCAGCCCUGUCCUGCAGGCCACUAUGGCAAGGAGUGUGCAUCCCUCUGCUCAUGUGGGGAGCGGGGCUCGUGUGACCCCGUGAGUGGACGGUGCCAGUGCCAGCCUGGGCGCACAGGGGCCACGUGCCAACAAGUGUGCCCUAGAGGGAGGUUUGGGGCUGGCUGCCAGCAGAGCUGUGCAUGCCGCAACGGAGGACUGUGCGACACAGCCAACGGGACUUGCACUUGCGGUUUGGGCUGGACUGGUCUACACUGUGAGAAAGAAUGCCCCGAAGGUAAAUACGGCGCCGGCUGCCAGGUCAGCUGCCCCUGUCGGAACAAUGGCACUUGCGACCGCUUCACUGGCUGCUGCAAGUGCCCAGAGGGAGUCUACGGACACGCUUGUGAAUACGAAUGCCCACCUGGAUUCUUUGGCCUGAACUGCAUGAGGCCCUGUGACUGCAGAAACGGCGCCCUGUGCCACCCGGUGACGGGGCAGUGUGUGUGCCCAGCAGGGUACCACGGCUCCAAGUGUGACCAUGAGUGUACCGUUGGCACUUUUGGAGACAAGUGCCUGAGCAGAUGCGACUGUGUGGAUGGCUCGCAGUGUGAUCACGUCACGGGAAAAUGUCUCUGUCCUCCGGGCAAAGCCGGUGACAAGUGUGACGUGGAUUGCCGAGUGAAUCGAUACGGGCCAAGUUGCACCUUGAUGUGUGAAUGUGCCAACAAGGCAUUGUGCAACCCUCGCUCUGGAAGCUGCAGCUGUCUCUACGGCUGGGUGGGACCUACUUGUCAAGAAGGUGGACCGCUGCAAACCCAGCUCUGAAUGAAUGCAGCAACCUGCUCACUCCUUCACCGGGACGGUGACGGCACGACAGGCACCACUUGUGCCGUCACUCAAAAAAAAUAGAAAAAAUCUAAUUGAUGACUCGCAAUGUCAAGAAAUAUCACGGUGUGGCACAUCUGAGAGACAACAAAAGUGGCCUAUUGUAGACUUACUGCAGUGAAUUUUUAGUUGUACUGAUACCAUGCUGUUUGCUGGCCUCUGUUGUAUAACACUUGAAGUGAAAUGUUACUGGAAAUGAUCACGUUCCUUGUUGUUGUUGUUUAUGUCCACUUAUGUCACUGACGGAUGCGUGUGUGAAUUGCAUGGAGGAAAGCCAUUCUGUUUGUAGCCUUACCUAGAGGAUAUUUCCGUACAGCAGCAACACACACGGAGAUAUAACACAAAGUCAUGCUUGUUUUCUGUGUUCAGUAUUCAAUACUUUUGGCCAAUACGUCACCAUGGCUUAAAUCUUUCUAAUGCCGAGUCUUUAAUACCCAAACGUUAAUACUGAUCCUAAUUAUUGUUUCAACAUGUUUCUUGUUUCUCAAGGAGAAAUAAUAAUAAUAAUGAUAAUAUAUGCAUCGUUUUAGUUUAUUGUUGCAUUCAAAAGUGAGUUCGUUGAAUGUCCUAACUGACAAUGUGUUAAGCAAACAGUUAAAUGAACAAGUAAACGUUUUUUGUUUAUAGAUUAUCAUCAGUCACAAGGGUAACAUAUGUAUUUUUUUACACUUUUAUAUCUAAUGGUGGGUAUGAUACGAGUUAUCAAUAUCGCAAUUUAUUUUAAUUCUCUUAAUGCAGCGUAGAAAAAUAGACACACACAGCUUACGGGUUUUGCUUCACGAAUUAACCUUUUAAACAUGCCGUUUUCUUAAUAGCAUUUAUUUCCGCCCAUAUGCCACCCAAUUGUGCAAUGGAAUGCAUAUUCUGUGUUAUCAUUAACGUUAAAGUAUCAUGGAAAAAAGUCUGUAUUAAAAUCGUGUGCGAUUUUUUUAAUUGUGCACUGAAGAAGUUCAAAUAAAAUGGAAGGAUCAAUCUGGAAUUUGUAAAGUAAUUUGUUAACAUUGGAAUAAACCCCACUUUUAACAUCGUGCAGUUGAUUUUGAGGAACAAUAUGAAAUUGUUUUGCGAUAUCCAGCCCUGCUCAUCAAUAAAUUAUGGAAUUUAUGUAAUUUUUAUUGCUAUUCUAGCUACGUGAAAAUAAGGUUGAUUUUUUUUGGAACCAAGAUAUAACACCGACACACAAUCCCCAACAAAAGAGUCAAACUUUUGUAAUUCAAAAUAUACCAAUUAAUUGCCUUAGAAAAAAACAUUCUCAUUUUAAAACCCGAGUAAAGAGAAUCUGUGAGUUUCUAAAAUCCAUCGCUCAUUUUUGUAAUUAUCGCUGUAAAAUGUUUGCAGCUGAAAGACCCUUCCACCAAGGCAGCCAAAGAAUUUGAAUUGCCGUGCAGGCAUACAUGACAUGUACACGCCAAUUUCCAUUGUUUCAGCUCAGCGAUAAGUUGAAGAUCAAUUUUGGCAACCAAGAUUGAUAAUUAGCGCGACGUUUCGCUUUGAAACCACAUCAAGCGACUUCUGAAAAUUCUGCAAGACAGAAUGCAAAUGUAGGAAGUCGGAAUUGACGAUACGUUAAGUUUCUGCUAGUUAGCAAAACUUCGUACGGUAUUUAGCAUCAAUUAUUACCAAGUGUUGUACUGUGUGCCAUAACGAGUAGGCAGUGUUUAACUGUGCGUGGUUUAGUAUGAGGCCAAAUGUCUGAUUACAAUGGUAGUGUUCCUUUGUUAUUUUGUUACAUGCUUUGUAUAAAUCCUAAAUAGUAUUCACUGCAAAUCAUUACAAUGUUUAAGAGUCCCUAUGUUUUGUAAAAAGAGUCAAUUUAGACUUCCAGCUCUCGUAACUUGACAGAUUUUUCAAAUUGCUACGUAAUUGCCCAAAUGGGGAAUGUUCAAUAAUGUACGAAAGAGUUCAACAAAAGCUUAGAAGCAAUGGCGUUCAGCAAAUGGGACAAACGACACAACGCACACAAAAUAAUGGCACUGUGGUAUCCUUAGAGGCGGAAGAAAUUUCAAACUAUUUCCGCGAACAUUUCCCAUAAAAUUCUCACAAAUUGCCAACCCCCAUUGUGUGGUAAAUGGGUCACUCACAUUCACCCACACAUCCGCAACAUCCUGUGAGAGUGCAUUCUGAAGCCUACAAAACUGUAUAUUGACAUUGCUUCUGUAGAAGACCGCUAUCGGCAUACAGCUACACAUGAAUGUGCCGUUUUCGAUGUGCACGCAGUUUUUUCCACGUUUUUUUUUUGUAUUUUCGUUGUACAUUGCCCUCAAUUGACACACGGUGGUGAUGCAUGUCAUUUGAGCUUCAUCAGUGUACAUACCACGGUUUGUUGUGAGAAAAUGUGUAGUCCAUUGUUGGACAAUUAAAACUGUUGGCACUGGUAACAUUUUCGUGGUUCUCCGAGGUUAAUUGGCUUUGUCAAUGCGGUGCUUUCAACACGUUUUGUUUUUCCAUUGCGACUGCCACAUUAGCAUGGUUGGCUAUGUACGGAGCGAAAGAAGUUCAACAUACACUUACAUUUGCAUGCCGAAUUAUUCCACUGUCACGCGAUUGUUGAAGUAGAAGUAGUUGCACAGUGUUUAGACAAACAGACACCGUUGUUUUUUAACAUCAGGCUGAACAUCAUGAAUCUGGCUCAAGUUCAUGAGUCAUGAUUCAAUUUUGAAUAUAUCUUCCAAGAUUUUUCAAACAGGUGCCUAAAUACAUACAAUUCAGACCAUUUGAUAUUGCUCAUGCAUCAAGUGUAAAACAGCGAGAUCUAAAUGUCAUUGGAUAUGUAAGAAACCAUGAAUGCAUCGCAGAAAUAAAGCAAAUAACAAUUACCAAAUGAAUGCAUGAAAGUUAUGUGCAUACAUGCAUACCACACAACACGCAUGCUUAUCGUUAACAUUCACAGAAUACAUAGCUUCUAACUCGUCCUUGGUACACGACAUGGAAAGAUAACAACAUUUGGAUCCAUAACCCAAUUGACCUUUUGAUGCGAUGUUUUCCAGCAGUUCUUUAAAAAAACGCGUAAAACUACAUUUAUUUGAUGUCUUGAAACGGGACUUCGUUUCUGUAUUAAACUGCAUAUGUAACGUCUGUGUAGUAAUGCCCGCAAAUUCAACUCUACAUAAUCGAUAAUCGCCUUUCAUUGCGCACUUGAAUACAUCGUUUUUUUUACUUUUGUAUCUGGAUUACGGGUGUGAAAAGUCAAACGUAAUUUUACAACGAGACAUCAAGACGCAAGCGUGAGAAACGCAGGUGCUAUCCAGUAUGCAUCUUGUCCAAGUGCAAUUGCAGUGUGAUCCCUGGAUAACCUUCAACAUUAAGGAUAUAACGCUUCACGCAGUCAUCGAUCAUAACGCAUUCUUACACUCGCUAAGUGUAUCUGUAAACAAUGAUAAUGUCCAAUGUUUAUAGCGACGUCGCUUUUGUACGCUAAUUACACUGUGAUGUAUAUUCUCCACACACUAUAAGGACAAAACAAAUAUAUACAUUUGUGGAUUAAAUCGUUAACAUUGACCAUGAUGGAAAAUCUUUUUUGUGUAAGAUCGCUUAAGGUAAAUGCGUGUCGAACUCCUUCUCCCACUCGACACUGACAAUGAAUAACGUUGUCACGUGAUGAACAAACGUGCUAACUUAGAAGAAAAAAAACAGUGCGUUGGACAGCAAUCGACGUACAUUUAACAAUGUAACAAUUUUUCUUGGUUAUUUCGGUAAAGUCACGUGACUUUACCGAAAGAACCAAGAAUAUGAAUACCUCCAGUCACGAAAGCUUUAAAUCAAGAUGUAACAAUUGUUAAUUUGCUGUCUGUGUCGGGUGGAGUAGGGUAUACGACACACAUUUCACCUAUGCGGUCUGACCCAAAACUUAAGUGCGAAUCAUAUUGGUGGUGAGAGGCUGCGGGGUGAAAGUGGCCGAGAUUUCACGACGGAUUGUGGAUCGUUGCAAUCCUUCUUGUUACGAACUUGUGGACUUGUUUGUUUUGUCUAUUUCCUUUAUUGCUUUCAAUUUAUGAAGCUCUAUCACCAUCGAUCCUUCCUAUGAUGUCAUCGAGAACAAUUAACAAUAAAUAUAAUUGUUUUUAUUAUUUUGCUCGGAAGGGUUUGGAAGUGGUGGCAAUGAUGAAAUGGUGCUUUUUUUUAGUCCAUGAAACAUUUUAAAUGUUUCACACUUUUCCUUUUUCAGGGAUUUGCUAUUUAAACAAUAUGAUAUGGAAAUCUGUAGCAAUUUCCUUGAUCGUAGUAGAUUUUUUUUUCGUCAGAUGGCAUGAGUAAAUUGUGUGUUGUACACCCUCCACCACCUGACACAGCUAAUUGUUGAGUUGUCACGUGAGCAAUUGUGUCAUUUAUUGCUUCAGCACGUCGGGGUGCGGCAGGGUGUCCACAUACGUUUUACUUAUGCGACCUUACCCCAAAAAUCAAUGAUCAAUCUUAAUAUUGGUCGCGAAAGCCUACGUAUUCAACUAAUUUCAGUGGUAAUUGUUGACCCAUAUUUACUGACAUAAACAACAUGUUAAGAUGUUUUGUUUUUACAAAUAAUCAUUUAUUUCUGUGUUUGUAUAGCAUAUUUUAAAGGUUAUUUAGCAAAAUGUAUGCCAUUUCUGAAGACUGUCUAUGCUUGCUGAUGAAAGUGGCUAUUUUACGAUGCCACAUGUAUAAUGUUCCAUUCCCAUGUUUACUCUCAGUUUUCCGUUCCAUGACGUAAUUAAGGAUCUAUGCUUGCUCAGUUGUUUAUAAAUAUGGGGAAGUCUUGCUUACUAUAUUUUAUAUUGUAAUAUACACUUGAAUCCACAGAUAGGCACACCCGUUUACGUGAAUUCCUUUAAAAGGGCCUGAGACCAUUCCAAUCCUGUCAAUGAAUGUGUAUGCACAGAUCACCAAAUCGUAUGCAACUAAUAAACUAUAGAAAACAUGUCACCAAUAUUUUGGAAGCUAAAAGUGUAACCAAAACCACCCCCAUGUGCUCAAACAUUCUAAUUCUUAGUUACAUAGUUUUGCCGCUUGCCUUAUUCACGUAGAUGCAGAAAGGCUUUCAGAAAAAAAUGUUUUCGCGAUCAGGUUUUUGAGUUUUACAAAGGUGGCUUACAAAGUUCAGUUUGGCCAGGGGCCACGAAAUCAUUAGUUGACUUCUUUGUCAUUAAAUUGUCAGUGGUGCACAUGCACAGUUGUUAAAAGCUUAACACAUUUAUCAAUGACAUUGUCUUUUAUGGAAAAUGUAAUAAUAGGAUCGUGAAAUGGCCCAAGAACGGCCUUUGUGCAAUGAAGAAGGACCAUUGCUAGAAACAUUGCCUAUCAUAUAUAUUUAGAAAUGAGAGAAACGUUGUUGAUGGAUGUGUUGAGUUUUGGUUAUACAUUAUUUGGUGCAGUUUCCUUGGCAAGAACCUUCUUUGUAUUCAAACAUAACGUUUAAAUAUAACAGCACGGGUUAAUUUAUUGAUUGCCAAUUGAUUAUGUGCUUUCACAGCCAGUGUCUGUGUGGAUAAUGUUCAUCAUCUUACGUAUUUACAUCAAAGCAUCAACUAAUAGAGGGUUUUUAUUCAUCCGUUACAUGUUCGAGGACAGUAAUGCAGGAACUUUGGGUUUCUCAUGGCAAAAUUAAACAUGUCUAUUAUCAAUACGAGGCACAAAACAUUCUAAUGCACUAUCAUGUGGUGAGAUAUAGCACGAUUAUAUUUAAUUUAACCUUAUUUAGUUCCUUUUCAUGGAAAUAUAUGUCAGAAAUUGGUUUUGGAAGAGGGCAAUCUUCUGCCAUAUCAUUCGUUUGUUCAUAUGGGUAUAGUUAGCCACCUGUUGAAAAAUAGAUAAAUAAAAAACACCAUUUCUGUUUGAGGAAAAAUGACUCGUAAUCCCACCCAUCACAGACUAUUAUCCUCACCCUCAAACAGUGAGCAGGGAUUUAUAAAAAUGCAUCUUAAAUGAUAUUUCUCUCUCACCUAUCUGCAUCAAUUAAUAAUUCAUUUCAACUGUACAAGUAAUUGUAAAUCUGUCCUUUGAAAACCAAAUGAAAUAACAUGUUUCUGGCAUUUCAAAACCCCAAUCACCAUUGACUCUCAGAUAUCAAACUAUUGUCAGAUUUUAAAUAGUUUUUUUUGCAAUGUAACAUUUUUUUUAUUGUAUGGUUUAUAUUCAUACGAUAUAUUCCAUAAGCAUCCUAUUGUUAUAGAGACAGUUCGCAAAAUACAUCUGAAUGACUCAUGACAAAACCUGCUGUCAACUAAUAUGAUAUAAAAGUAUUUUAAUAACAUUCUGUGAAGCGCACAGUAAUUUUCAGUCUUGUAUAUUCAACACGCUUUCUAAUAAUACGCAUUACUCACCAUUAUCGCGCUUGGUAUAUCGCAUUGUUCGCUCGUAAAAUGCAGCAUAUACUUGAUUAUUUCACGUUUGCAAGCCGUGUGAGCAAAUAAGUUGGAGGACGGAAAGUUACCUCAAUUAUACUGAAAUGUACCCAGUGGUGCUAAUUUAUUAAAGGUUUUGCUUUA